UAGGCCUAUGAGUACUUUGCACCUGCUCUCAAGAAUGAAAAAAGAACAGAAGCAUCCCUACAAAUACACACAAUUUAGAUGGAGGCAUAGACCCUGUCGUGGUCGUCUUGGAAAAGUUGUGGACAAAUGUACCCUUAAAAUCCGGCGAAGGUCGAGCCAUUGACUUAAUGUCGACAUGUUAUUCAUUCUUCAAAGGCCGAUACUCUGAUUUUCCAUAGACACACCUCCUUGUGUUGUAGACUCUGUUUGUUCCUGAGAAGAGAGAAAAAAGAGGGGGGAGAGGCACAAAUCAGACUUCCGUAAAAGAAGAACAAUGGUGAUCACGGAUGACUUAGCCAUAAAUUCAAAAAUGUCACCACCAAAUUCAUUUGGAGCUGUCGUUCUUGGAGGUACCUUUGACCGACUACAUGAUGGCCACCGUCGUUUCCUCAAGGCAGCGGCGGAGCUGGCUAGGGAUCGCAUUGUGGUUGGAGUGACUGACGGCCCUAUGUUGGUCAACAAACAGUAUUCUGAUCUGAUAGAGCCCAUUGAGAGAAGAAUGCAAAAUGUUGCAGAUUAUAUAAAGUCUCUGAAGCCAGAGCUGGUAGUGCAAGUUGAACCUAUUACAGACCCUUACGGUCCUUCAAUUGUUGACGAGAAUUUGGAGGCUAUUGUUGUCAGCAAGGAGACAUUACCCGGUGGACUGUCUGUCAAUAAGAAGAGAGCUGAGAGAAGCCUCUCACAACUAAAGGUUGAAGUUGUAGAUCUAGUCCCUGAAGAAUCUACUGGAAAUAAAGUGAGCUCCACAACAUUAAGGAGGCUUGAGGCUGAGAAGGUCAGGAAACUUCAGCUAGAAUACGGCGUGAAGAUGAUCCCUCUUGUGACUCCGACCCCUGAGUUUGGCGACGGCAGGGAUGUGGCCGUUGAAGACAGAGACAGUGAUGUCGCCGUUGAAGACGGAGACAGUGUAACAGAUCCGGCAGCGGCGACGGAUCCGGCGGAGAUCACUGGUUCGGUCGACUGUGAUGAUCUCUGGAGCCAGCGAAGAUGGAGAUGGCGGUUGAGACAGAUCUGGUGUCAAGUUUUCAUAGGGUGGAGGACAAAACUUGUCUUGAUAGGGCAGGACCCAAAGCAUUACUCGACUUUCAAGGGGCUUGAAGUUCGGUUUCUCCUGCGAGGCUUCUUCCCAAAUGGCCUUCUUUGUACCCCAGUUCCCGACCGGGAUAGCAUCAAACUGCUUCUCGAGUUUCAAAAAAGAGCUUCCUUACUAGCUUCAAGCCCCUUGAAGUCCACUCCACUAUGGCUUUGGAGACACAUGUCCUCCACUUGGUCCUUCACUCGCACGUCCUUCAGUUGGAGCUGUGAUGUUGGAGGCCACAGGAUCUGCGUUGUUGACCUCAGUUGGAGUGUUGGAAGGGGGAGGAUCUGUGUUGUUGAUCUCGGUUGGAGUGUUAUACGUGUGUGUAUAUAUAUAUAUAUAUAUAUAUGUACAUAUACAUAUGUAAAUGAUGAUUGUUUAUAUAGGAUUAUAUCGUUUUCUUGCUUUCUUAUGUAUAUGAUUGUAUAUAUUGAAUCAUAUCGUUUUCUUGAUCUCUUUGCUGGUGGGUCUCGAAGAAUUGCAGUCAAGAUGAAUGAUUUAAUGACAAAGUCAUUUUUAAGUUAUGUGGAAUUGAAGAAACAGUCAGAGAUUGAUAUCAAAGCAGAGACUGACUUGGAGAAAGGCCAACUCUGCCCCACAGAUGAAGAGAACCUCUCUAAGUUCUUUGAAGGAGUCGAAAAAAUCAAGGAUGAAAUGGAAGAGAUCACUAAUCUCCUGUUUGAUCUUCAAUCCCUAAAUGAAGAGACCAAAUCCACUCACAGCACCAAAGUACUCCGAGGGUUGAGGGACCGGAUGGACUCGGACAUGGUUGAUGUCCUCCGCAAGGCCAAGACUAUGAAGGAGAGGCUAGAAGCCCUCGACAAAUCGAACGUGACCAAUCGGAGGAUCUCAGCAGCAUAUAAGGAAGGAAGCACAGUUGAUCGAACGAGGAUAUCGGUCACGAAUGGUUUGAGGGCCAAACUUAGGGACAUGAUGAAUGAUUUCCAGUCACUGAGAGAGAGAAUUUUGUCAGACCAUAAAGAAGCUCUGAGGAGGAAGUACUACAACGCCACCGGUGAAACGCCCAGUGAGGAAGUGGUUGAGAAGAUGGUUUCAGGGAGUGUGAAACUCGAUAUCUUCGAAGGGAAGACAGAGUUGAAUCUGGAGAACAAGGAGAGGCAUGAGGCUGUGAUGGACAUCCAGAGGAGUUUGAACAAGCUCCAUCAGGUGUUUCUCGACAUGGCGGUUUUGGUGGAGACACAGGGUGAACAGAUUGAGGAUAUUGAGCAGAAUGUGGCCAAUGCAGGAGGGUUUAUCAGUGGAGGAACCAACAGUCUUUUCUAUGCUAAGCAGAUGAAGAAAAAGACCAAGAAAUGGGUGUAUUGGCUUUGGGCUGUGGGGCUGAUGAUAUUGCUGGCAUGCGUCAUUGCAAUGUUGUCUUCUUGAAUUUUGAGUUUCAAGUGAAAAGGGGCAUAGCUUAGAAGUUCAUUUUAGGUUGUUUCUGAGUCUGUAAAUCCUUUGUAGUAGAGCUUUUCUGAUCUCUCUAGGGUUUUUGCUUGUUUGUGGGCUGCAAACUUUUUCUGCAUGUGUCAUUUCAAUUGAGAUCCAUAUCUGGAUACAUUUUUGGAUUUCUAUGGAAAUGUUCAGCAAAAAUUAUAUUUGGUUCCUUUAGUUAGCUUAAGUGGAUCUUAAUGUGGAUUUCAUUUUUGUUUAUUUGCUUGUGUUUUUAUAUCCUUGUGCCUGUAUUUUUUUGUUUUUUUUUUUUUAUUUUGGUUUUUUUCUGGCUAUGUAAAACUCAAUUUGGAUAGGGGUAAAAACAUGAGUAGACGAGUGUGAGGAUGCAUGUUGCUAGGC